AUGGAUGUCAACGGCUCAUUUAGUACCGCGUGCUUCGUAGCCACCACUGCCUGUCUCCCGUCUCUGGCGUCGUCACCAGCCAGGCUCCCAUUUGGUCUCCCGUCCUCCUCCUCCAACUCGCACUUGUAUAGCUUCCACCUGGCCGACAGCGUCGUCAUCCCCAGCGCCGGCAACACCGACAGCCCAUCGCUUGUUUGGAUUGAACAGAGCAGCGUCGCAUUCGCACUCGUUUUGCUCUUCGCCCGAGUCUCGUCUUGUCCCGUCGCGCCGCGCCGCCGCUCUUGGACGGACAACCUCUUCCCCGACCGCCGGAGCGCGCCCCCGGGGUCCUCUCGCCCUGCCCUCCUCCUGACUGUCGCCAUUUGCUCUGCCGCUGGCAUGAUUCCCGACUGGCGCGGUGGGGUCGCGCCGUCAGUGUCGACGCUGUUGAAUGCGGCCGACGGUCGCAACGGUGAGACACGCAACGCGAAGGACGAUAAUAGACCGAGACCCCACGACUGGUCUGCCCCCCUCCCACCCGCGACGGCAUCGAGAUCCUCUCGCGGCGCCGCGGCGACGUCAGAAGACGCCAUGGACUUUGAAAGAACGCGCUCGCACGCCGAGCAGGUACACCCGCCCUCGAGCCAGAUCAUCCCGGACAGCGGCGGCAGCUCGUCGCAGAGCCUCACGCGAUCCAUCUCCAACUCACAGGAGUCCACCGUGACGGCCUCGACGGACCGUGUCGCCACGCCGCCCGCCAGCGACACCAACGGCGGACGGUACGCGACCGUCGAGCGCCGCGACGACAAGCCGCCAAACGCAUUGGACCACGGCGCGGGCCACAACAGCCAGCUGCAUCACCUAUCUGCCAUUGCCGCUGCCCAGGACAGGAUGGAGCCCGACGCGGUAGGCGCUGGAUCGCGAAAGCGCAUGGCGGAUGGCGAGGUCAAGUCCUGGGCCGGCAGCACGAGCCCCAUCAAGGGACAUUCGCGGACGACGAGCGCCGUCAGCGUGGCCUCGACCACGGGGAGUACCAUUGGCGAGGUAUGA